GCUAAUGACCUUCACCUUUAAAGUUCGACACGUCUUCGGAAUUCAUUGGAUUUUAUUAACCAGACGACGAUGGAUGAGGGGCUUUUGGGAGAAGAAGCGAAUUUAAAGUCAUGCAUGGAAGACUGGAAUGAGCUUAAUAAAGAAUUUACACAACUAGAGGCCACACAUGAUCAUUACAAGAAAACUUUGGAAAAUUUGUGGGAUGCACAGAAAAAAUGUCUGUCUGGUAUUGCUCAUCAGCGAUAUCGCACAAAACAAAUCAGCGACAAAAUGAACAGAUUGAAAGAUACUUCCAAACCGGAGACCCAUGAAGCUCUCAAACAAGUCCGACUAGAAAUGCUGCACAGGAAAUCUCAGUUCAGAGAAAUGGAGGAGUUCUUGCCACAUAAAAAUGGGAUAUACUUGAGUAUUAUCCUGGGCUCUGUUAGUGUGUCUCUACUCAACAAAGAAGACAAAUAUGCCUACAAACAUAAUUAUGAGACGUUUAAAGCCACAGUGAGCUACUUUAGCAUGGCCCUGUCCUUAAUCCUCCUGUUUGUGUCGGAGUACAGAUGGUUGGAUGCAGUGUUGCACUUCCUUCUGGUGUGGUAUUACUGCACGCUGACCAUCAGAGAAAACAUACUAAUGGUCAACGGCUCCAGAAUCAAAGGUUGGUGGGUGACGCAUCACUUUAUAUCCACAGUUUGUGCAGCACUGACCCUUAUAUGGCCGGACAGCUAUACCUACAAGUCUUUCCGAGGCCAGUAUUCCCUGUUUAGCUGCUAUCUAAGUUUUCUUUACAUAGUUCAAUUCUUCUACCAGAAGGGGGCGCUGUAUCGACUGAGAUCCCUCGGUCAGCGACAUGAGAUGGACAUCACUGUUGAGGGCUUCAUGUCAUGGAUGUGGAAGGGGAUCUCAUUCUUACUGCCAUUAUUGUUUGCUGGUUACUUCUUCCAAUUGUAUAAUGCAUAUGUGCUGUACAGAUUAUCACAGGACUCCCAGUGUAAGGAGUGGCAGGUUUUGUUCCUGGCAAUAAUACAUCUGAUCCUGUCUGUGGGCAAUAUCACAACCACACUGAAAGUGGUCUUUGAUAAACUGAAACCUGACAUUUCAUACAGAAGGCAGCAACUGAGAAACAAAUACAGGUUCAAUUCUAAUCUGAAGAAAGACAUGUAAUCCAGGAAUACAUCACGGAUGCUCUGGGGAUCUGUUAACGAUGCAUUGUGGAUAGAUAUAGAUACAUCAUGGAUACUCUAGGGAUAUGUUAACGAUGCAUUGUAGAUAGAUAUAGAUACAUUAUAGAUAAAUAUGAAUACAGUAUGGUUAAAUACAAAUAUAUGGGUAAACAUGAAAACUUAUGAGUAAAUAGGAAUACAAUAUGGAUAAAUACAAAUACAUUAUAAAUAAAAUAAGAAUACAUUAUGGAUGAAUAUGAAUACAUUAUCAUGAUUAUGGAUAAGUACAAAUACAUUAUGGAUAGAAUACAAACACAUUUAAUAUGGAUAAGUACAAAUACAUUAUGGAUAGAAUACAAAUACAUUUAAUAUGGAUAAGUACAAAUACAUUAUGGAUAGAAUACAAAUACAUUUAAUAUGGAUAAGUACAAAUACAUUAUGGAUAAAUAUGAAUACAUUAUGGAUAAGUACGUCAAAUACAUUAUGGAUAAGUACAAAUACAUUUAUAUGGAUAAAUAUGAAUACAUUGUGGAUAAAAUAGAAAUACAUUAUGGAUAAGUACGAAUACAUUAUUGGUAAAUAUGAAUAACUUAAGGAAAAAUAUGAAUACAUUAUGGAUAAAUAUGAAUACAUUAGGGAUAUACAUGUAGAAAUAAUUAGAUUGUGGAUAGACAUGAUUACAAAUUAUCAAUAAAUUUUGACUUAACAUGUGUCCAAUGUAUUCUAAUACACACAUUUCCAUUCUAAGAAAUUUACGACUGUUUGACUUGCUGCAGUGUUUUAGCUGUAUUUGAUUAGUGCUAGUCAUUGCCAGAUUGCCUGGCUUCUGUCAAAAAUUGUUUCUUUGUCAUUUCAUAUCAUUGAGAACACCAUACAGUUUUAUCAAGGCUUUGUUAAACAAAGGCAUUUAUUGAAGCUAAAGAGUUAGCCAGUGAAAAAAAUAAAUGGUAUGCAUUUAUGAUUUUUCGUUUUGAUAAUGAAGGAAUUUUGACUAGAAUGUGAAUCAGUUAAAAAUAAUAGACCGGUAAUGUUAAAGUGAAUUUUUUCAGGUGUAGUAGAAUUAGGAUUCUGAUACAAAUAUUCAGUAAGUAUGCUUAUUUAUAAGGUAGGGGCGGGGGUGGAAUCUAUUGUCUCUAUAAUAAAUCUUUUUUCUGGUCUAUGCCUUUUAAAACUUUUUUUUAUAAGAUCAGUAUUAAAUUUUAUAUUGUGCCAUGAUAACAAGGACAUAGACCACACACAUAUUAUUAAGAUUGCUACUCCUUAAUGUUUAGAUUAAAAAAUACAACUCAUCUAAUCAGAUCUUGAGAUAUGUCUUCUAACCAGAUCUUGAGAUAUGUCUCUGAUUUAACAUCUCUAAUUUUGAAAUCUUGAAUUAAUAAAUGAUUAUGAAUGCAUUAUGAUGUUGUGUAGAACUUAAGUGGUGUUUUUACAUGCAUGUAAUGGAAAUGAAAUGAUUAUAAUUCUAUCCAAUAUCUAACCCCCGAGGUUAGAAGGUAGCAAUGAUAUCCAAUGUUAUAAAUCAGUAAAGGUCCUAUCAUACAGAGAACUCUAGCAAACCCAGGGAAUUUUUUAUUAUUGCAAGUUUGUGAACUGUUAAACUACAUUGAUUAUUGAUAAUAAUACACUUCUUAAUUAAACUAAAGGAUUUUCACGCAUCUAUAACCUGUUUUAUUAUGUCUCCCAGAGGGGGGACAUUGUUUUAGUGUGAAUUCUUCUACUAUUUCUUCUUCCGCUUCUCAUUCAAAGUUUGUCCGGGCCAUAACUUUUUUGUCUUUUGACGUACAUGUAGGCUUUUGAUAUGUGGUAUGCGGGUAUACCAUGAUAAGACAAUGUUUCACAUACCAUUUUUAAAUGACCUUGACCUUUUAUGCAAAGGUCAAAUAAUAUAUUUUUAUGGGCAUUUUUUUUGGUCCUGACCAUAACUUUUUUGUCCUUUGACAUAGGCCUUUGAUAUUUGGUAUGUUGGUAUACCAUGAUAAGGCAGUGUGUUGCUUGUCAACUUUGAUAUAAAUGUCAAAUAAUAUAAUAUUUGGGGGUUUUUUUGUGAUCCUUUUACAUAGGCCUUUGAUGUUUGUUAUGUGGGUAUACCAUGAUAAGGCAAUGUUUUGCUUGCUAUUAGAAUUUUUUGGGCAUUUUUGUCUGGACACAACUUUUUUGUCUUUCGACAUUUGGUAUGUUGGUACACUGUAAGUUUAAUUUACUAUCAUAUGUUCGCAACAAUGUUCCUGUGUUGAAGCACAUUUACAUACAUUUAAAUGUAGGUGACUGUUACAAUGUAUGUACCCUAACUCUUGAUUUUUAACUUAAAAAAUGAUCCGUCCCAUGGAAAUCCAGGUUAGAAUAGGUCCUCAGUACCCCUUGCUUGUCGUAAGAGGCAACUAAAUGGGGCGGUCCUUCUGAUGAGACCGUAAUAACCGAGACCCCAUAACACAGCAGGUGUGACAUGAUAAAAAUCCCUCCCUGCUCAAAGGCCGUUAUCGCUGAGCAUAGGCCUAAAUUUUGCAUCCCUUUACCGGCAAUGGUGACUUCUCCAUAUAAGUGAAAAAUUCUUGAAAGGGACUUUAAACAAUAUACAAUCAAUCAACAAUCAAUCAAAUAUGAUCCCUAAAAAUGUUUUUUAAAAAUUAUGGAAAAUGGAAGGGGGGGGGGGCAUCAGUUUUAGUGUGCUAAAACAAUUCUCCCUAGUUCAUUUUAAUUUAAUUUCUGUAAUCUCGAUCAUGAUCUAAUUAAUAUAAGGAACUGAAAGUUCCGUGAUGGUUCAUAUUUACUAGAAUUAUUCGCCGUGAUGGUUCAUAUUUACUAGAAUUAUUCACCGUGUUGAUUCAUAUUUACUAGAAUUAUUCGCUGUGAUGGUUCAUAUUUACUAGAAUUAUUCACCGUGAUGGUUCAUAUUUACUAGAAUUAUUCAUCAAAUUUGUUUAUUUUGGACACUUAAAAAAUUUAGCAUGUUGAGAAAUUGUGAUGUUAGACAGAUCCCGAUCCAGAGGAUUACAAAACUUAGAGAGUGGCGAAGGGAGAGCGUAUUUCUUCAAUAAAUCAAAUAAAAUGGGUUAUACAUGUAGAUGGAUGGAGAUUUAUUAGUUGAUUAUUAUUUGCCUUAGAUUAAUAAUCAAUGUAGUCAAACAGCCACACGCUUGUGGUAAUUAAAAUUCCCAGGGUUCUCUGUGUGUUGGAUCGGUAAUUACAUCCUCUGAUACAAGUCAGUAAUUAAAGUCAAUGAUUAACCCCUUAAUAAGACCGUGUUGGAUCCAAAAUUAUAUUAAGUACAUGUAAGUAAAAUUACACCCGUGUUUGCAAGUCCGUAAUUCUUGGCCAGGAGUCCAUAACUCAAGGUCGGGAGUCCGUAAUACUAGCUAAGGAGGCCGUAAUUCUAGGUAAGGAGUCCGGAAUUCUAGGUGAGGGGUCCGGAAUUCUAGGUCAGGGGUCGCAGUUCGAGGUCUGUUGGUGCUAUUGUAGCUAUUAUACUCGUUGUUAUUCAUGAUUAUGUGUUAUUAUUUGUUCUGUCAACUUUAUAAAUAUAUUUGAAUUUUGCAUAGGUGUUAUACUUGAUAUUGAAAUUGUUAAUAAAACAAUAAUAAGAUUC